AGCUUCCGUCGUCACGUGCGUGGAGCGACGGGGACAUAGUUACGUAAACACCUGUACUCGACAGGUGUGCCUGCUGGACAUACUGGACGUACUGGCCACUGGGUUCAGAGCCACACGGCCCUCACGAAAGUCCUGUGAGCAUUUUGGUGGUCAAACCAUGGACAGCAACGAAUUGUCCGAAGGGUCGGCUACCAAUGGGCCAUUCCAAAAGAUAGAAUCAUGCGGAAGAGCUCCUCCAUGUACCUCAACGUGCGCAUGCCCCAGAAGCCAGAUCGCCCCCACGUGGAGGGCGAGCAGAAUGAAGGAGAGGAGUCUUACAGUAUAUGCGAGGACUCGACCUAUGACCCGUCCACUAAAGUGCAGGGCCUGCUGAACAGCGUCAAGUCCCUCAAGCACCGCGCUCACACGGUCUUCUGUCAGCUGAGCAUCCUCAAGAAGCGCGGAGACAACUACGAGUGGCGAGAGAGUGGGCGGUGGGUGAAGUACGAGGAGACUGUGGAAGAGGGAGGGAAGCGCUGGUCCAAGCCGCACGUGGCCUCGCUGUCCAUGCAUUACAUUCUAGAACUGCGGCGACACCUGGCGGAUGGCGUGUUCCUGCGAGACGUGGAGUGCUACUCCGUGUCGCAGGUCAUCGACAAGUUCCUGGACGAGUGGGUGGACCAGGACCUGCUGGACCCCAUGCUCCGCAUGCACGUGCGCACCUUGGCCUUGAAGCCGCACCGGCACCGACACGAGCGAGGCCGCCCCGAGGACAAGCGCAAGGGUGUGACGCACUCGGCCAGCGACACCGUCCCCCACAGCUCCUCCGUCAGCUUAGAAGUGCACGGCGAGACCCUCAAGAGUGUCAACAGCGCCAUCAGCUUGUCCUCUGACUUCGGUAGUGAGCAAAGCCUGGAGAGCAUGGACUCCUCCGACUUGGCCAUGAAGAAGCAGCUGAACGAGCGGUUCCUGCGCAAGAUUCCCAAGGGCUCAGAGACGGCCAACAUCAUGGUGGGAGAGCUGGAGGACCUCAAGAGUGUACUAUGCGGUUUUAUGCGCCUCAACGAUGCCCGGGAGCUAGGGGAGAUCUCGGAGGUACCGCUGCCCACCCGCUUCAUCCUCUACUUGCUGGGUCCUACGGGCAGUGGCGUGCAGCUGAGGGAAAUGGGCCGUUGCAUCUCCACCAUGAUAGUCGACGAGAUAUUUCGAGAAGUGGCCUACAAAUGCCGGGAUCUUGAUGAUCUGAUCGCUGGUGUUGACGAGUUCGUGGCGCAAGUGACAGUGCUGCCACCUGGUGAAUGGGAUCCGAAAAUUCGCAUCGAACCUCCAAACAAAGUACCACCACAGGAAAUACGAAAAGUUGAGUCGACGGCAGUUUUGAUGGAAAAGACACAUGGUACAGAUGGUGGCGAUGAGGGUGGCCACGAUGAUCCCAACCUGGAGUUAUCUAUCAGACCAUUCACGGGCCUCAUCCAAGACAUCAAGCGCAAGCUACCCUGGUUCCCGAGUGACUUUAAGGACGCGCUUCACAUCCAGUGUCUACCCGCAACUCUCUUCAUCUUCCUGGCACUGCUGACCAACAAUGUCACAUUUGGAGCACUCCUGGGUACUGGCACGGGUAGCUACAUGGGCGUGAUGGAAUGUGUGUUCGCGGGUGCCGUAUCCAGCAUUCUAUUUGCGCUCUUCGCCGGUCAGCCACUCAACAUCCUGGGUAGCACGGGGCCCAUGCUGGUGCUGGAGAAGAUCAUCUAUGACAUGUGCAACGAUAACAACUGGGACUUCCUCUCCCUGCGUUUCUGGGUGGGCAUCUGGAACGGCUUCUUGCUUCUGCUGGUCAUCUUCAACCUGUCAGCUCUGGUGCGCUACCUGACGCGCUUCACGGAGGAGUGCUUCGCCAGCCUCAUCGCCCUCAUCUUUAUCUACGAGUCCUUCAAGCAGCUUGCGGAAAUCGCGACACUGGAAGCCCCCAUGCGUCUGCGGCCGAAGAAGGGUCACGUGUACCUUCCGCACUGCUUCUGUGACCUGCCGCGCGGCAACCUCACCGACACCGCCAGCAACCUCACAACCGCAGCCACUACCACGCUGACGACGGCCACCACUGGUAAUGUUACGAUCUUUGACUCCUCGGCGUUGACGGAGGCGAUGUGCAAGGCGAUGAACCUGACGUGGAAGUGCGAGAGCAGCUUCGUACCGGACGUGUUUCUCAUGUCUGUCAUUCUUUUCGCAACCACCUUCUUUGUCGCCAUCUUCCUCGUUGACUUCCGCGCCUGGCCCUGCUUUCCGACCUUUGUGCGCAAUAUUAUCGGCGACUUCGCUAUUCUCAUCGCCAUCCUUGUCAACGUGGGUAUCGAUGCCGCUGUGGGGCUGCCCACACCCAAACUAACCGUCCCGUCGGAGUUCAAGCCGACUAAAUAUGAAGCACGAGGCUGGUUUAUUAACCCCAUCUCCGACACGAACCCUUGGUGGCUGUACAUCGCAGCGGGAUUGCCGGCCCUGCUGGCUACCAUCUUGAUCUUCAUGGACCAGCACAUCACAGCCGUCAUCGUCAACCGCGCAGAGCACAAACUUGUGAAAGGUAGCGGUUAUCACCUGGACUUGCUGGUGGUGGGAUUGCUGGUGGCCAUUCACUCGUUUCUUGGCCUGCCGUGGUACGUGGCAGCUACAGUCAACGCCAUAGCGCACAUCAACUCCCUCAAGAAGGUCUCCGAGUGCGCGGCGCCGGGUGAAAAGCCCACCUUUCUGGGGGUCAGGGAACAGCGUGUUACCGCAUUUUUUGUGGGUGUCCUCAGCGGCGCAGCUGUUUUCAUUACAAACAUUCUCAAAGUGAUCCCCAUGCCAGUCCUGUACGGAGUGUUUUUCUAUAUGGGCUGGUCUGCUCUUGGGGGGAUGCAGCUGAUAGAUCGAAUCUUGCUCAUCUUCAUGCCCAUCAAGUACCAGCCGGACUAUAAGUACCUGCGCCAUGUACCGCUCUGGCGAGUCCACGUCUUCACCGUCAUUCAGAUCCUCUGUCUUGUCGCCUUGUGGGUCGUCAAGUCAGUCAAAUCCAUAUCAAUUAUCUUCCCCCUUCUGGUGGUGUUCACGGGAGUGGUGCGCAAGAUCAUCGAGUGUUUCUUCACGGAGACAGAACUCAAAUAUCUCGACUCCUUGCUGCCACCCAUCGGCCGCAAGAAACAUGAUCGGCUGGAGGCGCACAGCAAGGAGUCAUCAUCGCAUCAUGGCCGGACAGGGCACAGCACGCAUGACAAGGCCUCCUUCUUCCUGAAUGGAGAUCGCGAGUCGCCGCCAGCCUACGACAACAAAGGUUUCGACACGAAGCUUUAGUCCGCUACCUCGCCGUCUGUCUGGUGAUGAUGGUUGCGUGUUGGACACGUGCCUCUGCUGUGUCCAGACUUGUUUCCUUGCUGACCACUGUACAUCUUCCUGUCUGACACGUGACUGGGAAACCAAGAGACUUCUUCUGAAGACUGACCACUUUCUCUCGGCAUAUUGCGAGAAUCAACGAAACAUCUGGGCUAUCGUCGAAAAGAUCUGAUUAAAGUAGACUUGUAUAUACUAUAACUUUCCUAAACAGACGAAUAGAAAGAACUCGCAAAGGUAUUACCUUUUGUCAGGAGGUAGCCGAACCUGACAACAAAAACCAGAACAGGGCGAUGUAAGAAAUAAGUACUGUUGGUAAUUACUGGAUGAUGUUGGUGAGAAGCAGAACUGGUAAAAUCUGGGUUAUACUGGUAACGUCUGACAAGAAACAGAUUUUCGCACUGAUACAAACUUAAUUUUGAGUGCUUGUAUGACUUUUCACAAAAAAAGAUGUAUUUAUUUUGCUUAAUUUUUGUAAUUUGAAAAGAUACAUUUGACAACUAUAAAAAAAAUUUUCCUGUUCAAGAAACUUCACGAAUGGAAGCCAAAGAGCAAACUGAGAAGUUCAUGACUCCUAAAAAUAAACUGUUCACAAUGUGACCCCAAGUAGUAUUAAACAGCGAUCUUUCUGCUGAUAAACAUGCACACAAUGCAUACAAUCAAUCAAUUGCUGGUGAGCAAGCACACAUAAACCUGUUCUAUAACUGUUGAACACUUGCAAUCAACUGUCUUGCUAACGAUGAGCAUGCACACAAACAGGAGUUUCUUGUCCUCAAAGAGGAUUAAUUAGGAGACUUCGUGACAAUCGUAUCUUUGAUGCAUAGUGGUUUUGCAAUCCGCAAAAUAGAUAAAAACAUUGCAUUUAUCUUAAUGAACACAAAAAUAUGGUUGGCAAUAAAGAGAAGCUUUCUUACUUGAUUGCAACUGAACGAUUUGGGUAUUACUGUUUACAUGAACGAAGCGAGCCACAAGGGGAGGACCACUCGUCUUUGUGAUGUAUGUACUUUCUCAAACUUCCACCACUGCUGGCGAUAAUUAAAGUGCAGCUUUACACAUGCUGCAAGUGUAAUGUAAAGGUAACAUGAUAUUGUGUUGUGUAACACUAGGGACACUUGCAUGAAACAUCAAAUGUGCUGUUACAGUACAAAGCUAAUGUCAGUACUUGAAGGAUACAUCGAGUGGUCCAACCUGCAAAUCAAAUGCUCGACUAACUCAAGUGUAGUGUUAAGACAGCAAUGGAGCGAUGGAGCGAUGAAAUAGUAGUUCAUCGAUAGUGUAAUGGUACUAGAACUGCGGCCAGGGAAUCCACAGCAUAAGAUCAAGUGCCUUUCUAAGCCAUUGCCAAUGUAAUAUAAAGUUCAACACUAGAAAAGCUUGAUUAAGCGCAACCAACUGUCAGCAAUAUUCUAUGAUUUUGUGAUGCAGAAGCAUCUGCUUGCGCGUGGCCAUAACAUUCGUGACAAGUUAAUCAGAUGUACGGCCCGCUGUUUACUCAAAGGUAUUCCUCUGUAACUGGGAAAACCUUACUGUAAAAAGUAUUUUUAUAUUUGUGUAUAUAGCAACGUAUUUUAAGCACAAAACUUCUCUGUUGUGGAGCAAAGAUUUUUAGAACUGUUUCCAAAUCCCAGUUAACUGAUGCUGAUGCUGAAAAAGGCUAACUUGUUUUUGAGGCCUUUGACCUGACUAUGUACUUAUGUCUUUCUUAAAACUAGUAGCUGGUAAAUUUUAUAGAUUCAAGAGUGACAAGAAGCCAAAGACAGACAAAAGUUAUGUCAGACAAUUUCAGUAACAAAACAUUGUGCUUGUUCCAAAUCUUAACUGUAUGAUUCUCCACCUGCAAGUCAACCUUAUGACACCACCUUCCCACCACUGGCAGAAAACAAGAUGACGAUCACUUUUAACAUCAAUGAGUCAUCGUCAUCAGAAGUGCAGUUUGACAGUGUUGCCUGUGCCUAUUAGUUAUUGACUGUGAUAGGCAAAGGCAAAUAAUAUACAGUGAUUCUACAACUGUUUUUGAGACCAGCAUCCAUUCUUAUUUUGUUUGUGGUUUUCUUUUUAGUAAAGCGCUUUGAGCUCGCCUUAAAUAGUCGGAAAAAGCGCUAUACAAAUGAAUUUAUUAUUGUUAUUAUUAUUAUUGUUAUUAUUGUUAUUAUUAUUGCUGUGAAAACUUUACUUAUCUGUGUAUGACAUUUGUAAUACAGAAGAAUUAAAAAGUAUAUUUUUUUAGUAUCACACAUAUUUUUAGACUUAUAUUUAAUUGAAUAUUAUCAGAUGCUUUUAAUUUCUCCCUUUUUUCAAAUAAUAUUUGAUGUCGAUUUUGACCAAGCUUCCACUUGGCGGAAGACAAGAGUAGUAACGCCAACCUUUUUCUCUCUUCCGUGAUUUAUUUUCAACGUUUAUCUUAAACCAGGUUUGGAAAAACUAUUCUUACUUUGUAACAUCUAAGUUUACAAUCUGAAUAUGUAUUUCGCAUUAGUGUAGUUUUGUGAUUGCUGUAGUUAUGAUCAUUAGGAAAUUUGCAGGAGAAAGAAGCAUGUGUAGAAUUUAGCUUAUGGAGGGUUUGCGAGGUGUAUUAAGGUUAAGGAACGAAAAUUAAUAUGUGCUAUGGGUACAGAUUUGAUAGCUUGAGUGACAGUCGACGGCCAUGACAAAGAAGUAGGUGGAGCUAUGCAGAUACUAUGAUGUCAGGAGCCUCCUGUCGUCUGCUUACCCUAUAGUCGCACACUUACUUUAACUGAUCCAACAAAACAAAACGUCGCAAAAAAUAUAAAAUAUCCCUAUCACACACAUAGUCCAUUAAAGGCAGUUCAUUUACUGCACACAACUUCACGCCCUGCUCCUCUGUGAACAAUGAAUCAUACGGGAAAUUGGCUCUCCUCUGUACUACCGUUACUAUAUAGUGUAGUUCUGCCGUGCUGUCUUGCUGUAUGUAGAAGCGGGUGCUCAACUACGAUGAAUUUAGUCAGUGUAUAUGACAAUUUUAUAAUGGGGUCAAAUGUGGAGAGUAAAGUUACUUCCUCUCCAAUUUUGAAAGAUAGCAGCGCCCUUGGGGCAGAAUCAAAAAUUUGAUUUUUUAAAAUCUUUUGGUGGAAUGGUGGACUAGACAAUUUAGCAAUGUUAUUGUGUAAGAUUUUCUACUUUAUGUUUAUGUUCUGUAUUAAAACGGUUAUAAAAAUGUUUAAGUCAAUUAGUAUUAAAAAAAGGAUUAAAUUUAGGAAGUAAAGUGUGGAUAACGCAGAAUGAUGUUAAGUAAUUAAACUGUUUGUAUCUUUUCCAUAAAUCUUAAUGAAUAAAACACCUUCUAAGUGC